AUGGGAUUCAAAACUCUCUGUUUGGGGCUGUUUUGUGUUAUCUUUUUAUCUUAUAUUUAUACACCUAUACCUGACAACAUUGAAGAAACUUGGAAAGUAAUGGCCUUGGAUGCAGCUGCUAAAGCUUGUACACUUAUGGCUCUGAGUCUUGAAAAUGUAGGUGUUAUGAGAUAUGAAGAGUUUAUUUCCAUGAUUAUCAGUCUGGACUAUACACAACCACUUUCAGAUGAACACGUCACAGUAACGGAUACAGCCUUUGUCAACAUCCCUGUGCGUCUGUACUUACCCAAGAGGAAGUCAGAAGCCCCAAGACGGGCUGUGAUCUAUUUUCAUGGCGGGGGAUUUUGUUUCGGAAGUUUCAUACCAUAUAUUGGGACAUAUUCAAAAAAAGAAAAUGUUUUAAGCUACCGGCUAGCUCCUCAGCAUCACUUCCCUGCACAGUUUGAAGAUGGCAUCACGGCAGUCAAGUAUUUUCUUCAGGACAAAAUUCUUAGAAAAUAUGGAGUAGAUCCUACACGAGUUGCUAUUUCAGGAGACAGUUCUGGGGGCACUCUGGCAGCAGCAGUGACUCAGCAGGUGCAGAUUGAUCCUGAAGUGAAGCAUAAACUCAAGUUGCAGGCCUUACUUUAUCCUGGCUUACAGGUGAUUGACACUUCUUUGCCAUCGCAUCGAGACAAUGAACACGGUAUAGUUCUGACAAGAGACAUAGCCAUAAAGCUCGUGAGUCUGUUUUUCACCAAGGACGAGGCACUUCCACGGGCCAUGAGAAAAAACCAGCACAUGCCUCUGGAGUCCAGGCAUCUCUUCAGGUUUGUGAACUGGACCACUCUUCUUCCUGACAAGUACAGAAAGGACCAUGAGUACACCGAGCCUGUGCUUGGGAAAUCUGCUUACUCGCUGCCGGCCCUGAUGGACCCCAGAGCACUGCCCCUAUUAGCCGACGAUGCCCGCUUACAGCACUUGCCACGGACAUACAUCCUCACCUGUCAAUAUGACGUCCUGAGAGAUGAUGGAAUUAUGUAUGUUUCAAGACUUCAGAACGUCGGAGUGCCAGUUUUCCAUGACCACGUUGAGGAUGGAAUCCAUGGGGCCCUGUCAUACAUGACAUCACCUCUCUACUUACAACUAGGGCUGAGGAUAAAGGAUAUGUAUGUUAGUUGGAUGGACAAGAAUUUAUAA